UCAAGCAAAUGGCGUCGUACAGGUGGAGAUCGUUGCGUCAAAUUACACAAAUCAUGAAUGAAUUCUAAGUGUCGUGGCAUAUUUCUCUAGAAUUGAGAGUAUCGUCAGUCUCGGUAAGCCCCCUUUCGACCGCGGUGCAAUUAACGUAAGCGAGACCGCUCGCGCGACGGGGAAAAACUCCUAUUUUCCUAGGCGUUCGCCUAGUAUGUAAACAAACAUCGUGUCGCCGUCAGUGCUGUCAGGCGAUUUGUGAAUCGUGAUGUUCUCUGAAACCUCGUAACAAUUGGAAAAUCGCCCGCGGCUCCUCCUACCGCAGUUCAUAUUUACGAUCGCAAAUCGGAGUCAAGUGGAAACAACUGCUGUUGUGCAACCUGCAACAUACCUCUACCACACGGCAUCAUAGUACUCAGCAACAAAGUGCAUAUCACAAAAUGAACGAAGUAAGCGGAGGAAAGCAAGACAUACCUAAUACCUCAAGCUGGGAAACCUUGUCUGGGCAGUCGGUAUCUUCAAUGCCAACGAUGCAUCAUCAUCCGACACUACAGCAAGACCCGAACCCGACAGUAGCACAAGUUAUAGUUCCUACACCUGUUAAGCUUCAACCACCUAUGUUAACGCCAGCACAAACUGAUCAUUGUCCGCAACUCGGUCAUAUGCAGCAACCACCCCUGAUAACUCAGGGUGCGCCACCAGGAAGCUUCCCGGAGCCUGAGUUAUCGGCCGAGCUUCAGCAGCAAGGUUGGAAGAAAUUCUGGAGCAAGAGGGAAAGUCGGCCGUACUUCUGGAAUAAAUUGACCGGAGAAUCUCUCUGGGUGAUACCUUCCCUGAAGCCUCAGUUCGAUCCGAUCACGGAUCCGCUCGGCAUCUGUGGUGUGCCGCCUAUACCGGGGAACGGAGCUAUUCCAGCUGGUACUCCGGCCGGCACGUUGAAACGCCGCGCGUCGGAAGACGGAGCGGUCCCACCGCCGAAGAAAUUCGUAUUGGCGGGCCCGUGGGACUUGGAGAUACCCACGAACGUCAUAAUAUACGAGAGAGCGCCGUCGAAUUUGCCGCACGUCCAUCCCGAGGCGGAAGCGAUGCGAUGCGCUUUGCUGUCGAAGCUGCGACAGUGUUACCAGGAGCUGUGUCACACCCGCGAGUCCAUAGACGCGCCUAAGGAUUCCUUCAACAGGUGGCUGAUGGAGCGUAAGGUGAUCGACUGCGGCUCGGACCCGCUGCUACCGAGCCAAUGCUUCCCCGAGAUCUCGAUGUCCAUGUAUCGCGAGAUCAUGAACGACAUCCCCAUCAAGCUGGUGAGGCCGAAAUUCACGGGCGACGCGAGGAAACAGCUGUCGCGCUACGCCGAGGCCGCGAAGAAGAUGAUCGAGUCGAGGGCGGCGUCCUCCGAGAGCCGGAAGGUGGUCAAGUGGAACGCGGAGGACACCUUCCAGUGGCUGAGACGAACGGUGGGCGCGACGUUCGACGACUUUCAGGACAGGCUCGCCCACCUCAAGCGACAGUGCCAGCCGCACCUCACGGAGACCGUGAAAGCCAGCGUCGAGGGCAUAUGCCUCAAGAUCUAUCAUCUCUCCACGGAAUACGCGAAGAAGGUGAAGGACAAGAACAACCAGAUCCUCAAGGACAACGGCCUAGGUGACGUCAUACCGCUCGGCGGGCCGGCCAGCACGCAGAGAAAAGUUUGGUGUUAUCCAGUGCAAUUCUCCCUACCGACGCCGAGACUAUCUCAGGUGGACUACCUGCCCGAGCGUGAGCAGACGAUGCUGCGCUUUCACGGCGACGCCAUGUGUAUCAACAACAUACACCUCACUAAGCUGGAACACUUGUACAGGUACAACUGUUUCGACGACAAAAAGUUCGAGAUGUUCCUGCCACGAGUGUGGUGCAUGCUGAAGCGUUACCAGACGUAUCUCGGGAUGAACGAGGGCCAGGCCACUCAGAUGGCCCUCCCGGUCACGGUGUUCGAAUGCCUCCAGAGAUCGUUCGGGGUAACGUUCGAGUGUUUCGCCUCGCCCCUGAACUGUUACUUCCGGCAGCACUGCUCGUCUUUCGCCGACACAGACUCGUACUUCGGCUCGAGGGGGCCGUUCUUGGACUUCAGGCCGGUCAGCGGCUCGUUUCAAGCGAAUCCGCCGUACUGCGAGGAACUCAUGGAAGCGAUGGUCAAUCACUUCGAACGUCUCCUGGCCGAUUCCGCGGAACCUCUGUCGUUCGUGGUGUUCCUGCCGGAAUGGCGGGACCCGGCACCCAACGCGCUCAUCAAGCUCGAGGGGAGCCACUUCAAGCGCAAGCAGGUGGUCGUGCCCGCUAUGGAACACGAAUACAGACACGGAUUCCAACAUAUUCUUCCGAAAGGUGAAGUCAACAUCCGGGCGGCGCACGGUACGUUGGUCGUGUGGUUGCAAAACCCAGCAGGUGCUGCGCGUUGGGGACCGACGGAGGAGCGGGUUGAGGCCUUACUGGAAGCGUGGCGACCAGGUCGGGAGCGGGAACGAGACAGGCAGGAACUUCUCUCCCCGCCGAGGCAAGCUCAUCAGCCGAUACCGUCAACGCCAGUGCCUGUACCAACGACGCCGACUACGCCGACGAUUGUGCCACCAGUGCAGACAUUGCCCACUCAUCCCAUAUAAUUUUGUUGAGCGAUCUUCGAGAAGAGGAGAAACACGUAUAAAUAUAGUCCCGCAAAUAAAUUCAAACAGUUGAGAAAAAGAGGUACGAAAUUUAUACCUUGUAAAAUAACGAAAACACUCUCUCGUGGAGGAGAUCCGUUUUGUACUACCUUAUUAGUGACUAUGAAAUUGGCAAAAGUAUAAGGUGUAAAGAUAGAAGAGAGAUUAAGAGAUUAGAUUAUCGUGUGCGAGGAAAUUGCACAAUCAACAUAGAAACACGUAUGGACAUUAUAAUUAUAGUCGCCUGCCAGCGACGGUUUGUGCUAAUGAGACAAGACCCAUUGUGAUCGUCCUUUAUAUUUCUCAAACGAUCUCGUAGAAAUCGUUUCUAUCGACAACCAAUGCUUGGUCGGUCUCCUCGUUCGACAUUGAAACGGAAUCAGAUUCCGUUGUCUCAGCGUUAACAAAUAGCAAAAAAUUACUAUAGAAAAUACAUUGAGAAAUAUGCAUCUAAUUACAUCUGCUAUAUAUAUAUAUAUAUAUAUAAAGAGUUCACUUAUCAACACUCAAACAAACGCACAUCGCAGAAAGUCUAAGUUUGUCAGUUUGGACAGUUAAUUGUUGUCAGAUACUGCAUUGGACUUUGUGACGCUUGUGGCGCUUGGAACAUUACAAGAUAAAAACACCAAUGCCUGAACGCGUACUUAACUGCGGACAUUUUUGUUGUUUUGGUUUUUUAAACAUAAAAUAUUUGCAUAUAUUCAAUAUACGUAUAUAUAUAUAUAUUCUAUGUUGAAAGUUUGAGUAUUCAUUUUAAACACCAAACAAUAUAAAUGCCCCAAGUUAUAACCCAGAAGUGUGUGUCCAGGUAUUCGUAUUUUUUACCUUGUAUGAUACUUGCUAUGCAAGAUAAAAUUGGCACUAUUGCGAAUGUUAAAAGAAACUGAAUUUACGUAACAAAUGUACAGGCGUAUGUGUAUGUGUGUAUGUGUGCGAACAUGGGUAGGCAUAUACGCGUUACUUUAGAUUAUCUGCUCGUCUAUCGUCGAGAGGGAAACUUUUAUCGGAAGAAAUCUUGGAAUAAUAACAUCGUUGCAUUUUUAACCAUGACAAUCUUUUUCUUUUAAUACAAAGGAAUACGCGAAGGAGGGGGAGGAGGGAGGGGGUAACUACUCAUUUUAUUUUAAACAACUUUAUCAGUGCAAUAUUUUCUAUCGGUCUGUAUCUGAUAUCUAUAAACAGAUAGCAGCGUAUAGAUCGAACUUCCCCGAAAGAAAUGCAUGUUUUUAUUCUUUAAUGAAUACACGUGUUGUAUAGAAACUAUAUACUUAUUACGCAAUCAUAUGCUUUUGUACUAUUUUUUUCUGAUAAGUAGACACUCGACUUUAUCCGAUGAUUCGUUUGAGUUAUGUUCGUGUACUCACUGCCAGUAUUGAAGAUCUAACAUGAAUUAUAUAUAGAUUUCCACUAUUGGUAAAUAUACGAACACAGACUUGGUGUAAUCUUCUGUACAGCCUUUUUCAGUGAAUAGAGAGAUUCUACGAAAGUUCUUGGUAGAAAGACAAUUUUAAAAUGCCAUCGAGGAUAUAUUAUAAAUUCCCACAAUCUUUUUCACAUCAAGCAUAUCUGUAACGAACAUAGAGCGUAUAUCGAGAGGAUAGAUAAAUUACUUAGAAGCAGAUAGGUAUGAAAUAACAAAGCUACACGCACACCCGUAAAUAAUACGCCGGAGAUAUCACGCGUAUACGUGUACGUUAGUACGUUGAGUUGAUUUUAUUAAAAAUAUUUGUGGUCUACGGUCUUUUUAACGAGCGAGUUUAAGUCGACAUGUCGGCCACACUUCUCAUUAAAAGAGAGAAACCAUAUUUACAUCUCUUAUAAAUUUUGUAUAUUUUUAUUAAGAGAGUACGUGUGCUAAAUAUACGCUAGAGAGGAGUAGAGUGUGUACAUACACAUGUGCAUAUAGGCGCACACAUGCCCAUGCGCGUGCGUGUGUAUAGCCAUCUUUAGCAUACGUAAAUUUAUACAUAUAUAUAUAUAUUUAUAUAUAUAUAUAUAUAUGUUACAUAAUUGAUAUAGUAAGUAAGACAAUACGUAAAAUAUAAGUUAAGAAUUUUGUGAGAUACUGUGUUGUUUUACAGGCAAAAACGAUUAGGUAUAUUCGCGAUUAGGUCGUAUUACAUCUUAAUAGAGUCGAAGAAUAAGAAAUUUUUCUUGUAAAUCUUUACAUUUUAGUGGCUAGUAUACGUUCCAUCCGGGGAAAUUAUACUUUUCCUACGUUUAAUCGUUCUAUUAGGUUAAAAUUCAAUCUUACUUAUCACAUCUGCGCGAGCUUUUUGCCGUGAACAUAAUUACAUUUAUUGUAGGGCGUGAGAUAAUUAUUGCUUUUCGCUACACGCUUUAUUGUUGCGCGACACUUACGGUUUUCCCCUUCUUCAUUCUUUCCUUUCUCGACCGUGACUGUUUUUUUUUUUUUCUAAUUAUCUCAUGCAUUUUACUUGAGUCUGCUAUAAUU